AUGAAGAGAAGAGAAGAGAAAGCUUAUCUUGGCCCAGAUGUGUCUCCAAGCCUGCUGUCCAGCCUGACCAACAAUAUCAAUUCCACUGGCUCCCUGCUAUCCUGUCCUGAUCACUCCUGUCCAUUGAUGGAGUCAGCACAUGCUAUCUCAUUGGACAAGUUCAACGAAUCCGACAAACUCGGCGAUGUCGCAAGAUACCUAGCUGCAGACCACACACGCAAGCUCCUGGUGCUCGGCUUCCGCGGCAGCCGUGCCCUCAUCACCUAUAUUGCCGACUUCGAGUGGCUCCUCACGGAUUCGUCCUUCUGCAAGGAAUGUAAAGUACAAUCUGGAUUUUGGCUAUCAUGGAAGGCCAUUGCCAAGGGGCUGGAAGGGAAGAUCGACGCCGCCCAGAAGAAGUACCCAGCUAUAGACUCGUGGUGA